AUGUCACGUCUCGCCCGUUGCACGUCAUUGUUGGCGAGGAGUCGACCGAGGCUCACAAUCAAUCAGCUCAACAUGGCCCCUUCGCUUGGCCAUAGCUCAGCGCUCAACGCUGGCAGUGCUUCCGGCGCUGCACCCGGCAAGCUGCGCUACUCGACCUCCUUAAACCUCAAGCUGACUGGUCUGGCCGACCUCUCGGACACAUCAGGCACAUUCAGCGACAUCUUUGGCACCCCCGAAAUGCGCACCAUCUGGUCCGAUCAGAACCGUGUCUCGUGCUACCUCCAAAUCGAAGCCGCCCUGGCCCAGGUCCAAGCCGAGCUUGACAUCAUCCCACACCGCGCCGCCGCCGAGAUCGUCUCGCACUGCCGGGUAGAAGAGAUCGAUUUUGCGCUGUACAAGCAAAAGACCGAACUCAUCGGCUACCCCAUCCUCGGCAUCGUCCAGCAGCUCGUCGCCAACUGCAAAGAUGGGCUCGGCGAGUACUGCCACUGGGGAGCGACUACGCAGGAUAUCACCGACACGGCUACUGUCAUGCAGAUCCGACAGUCGAUGACGAUCGUCAAGCAAAAGCUGCAUAGCAUCAUCAGCAGUCUGGAGCGACUCGCAGAGGAACAUCGUGAUUUACCCAUGGCGGGGAGGUCCAACCUCAAGCAAGCUGUACCCAUCACAUUUGGGUUCAAGAUGGCGCGAUUCUUGGCUACGUUUCGCCGACAUCAGGAUCGACUCGCUGAGCUGGAGCAGCGAGUCUAUACGUUGGAGUUCGGUGGAGCUGCCGGCAACCUUUCUUCGUUGGGCGACAAGGGGAUUGCUACCCACGAUGCGCUCGCCACCGCGCUCGAUCUGCGACCAGCCGAGAUCGCCUGGCAUACAGAGCACGAUCGGUUCGCCGAAGUCGGCACCUUCCUCGGCCUUUUGACGGGAACCCUAGCCAAACUCGCCACCGACAUCAAACUCAUGUCUCAGACGGAAAUCGCCGAAGUCUCUGAACCGUACCUCGCCAACCGCGGAUCUUCCUCCACCAUGCCACAGAAGAACAACCCGAUCUCGUGCGUCUACAUCCACGCGUGCGCCGCCAACGUCCGCGCCUCCACCUCCGCCAUGCUCGACGCCAUGCAGUCCGACCACGAACGCGGCACGGGUCCCUGGGAGAUCAUCUGGGUCCAACUCCCACUCAUGAUGAACUGGUCUUCCGCAGCGCUCGCCAACGCCGAUUUCAUUCUCAAGGAUUUGCAGGUGUUUGGCGACGCAAUGCAGAGGAACCUCGAGAUUUCCAAAGGAUUGGUGGUCAGCGAAGCGGUGAUGAUGGGGUUGGGGGACAAGAUGGGUCGUCAGUACGCGCACGAUGUGGUGUACGAGUGCUGCAGAAAGGCGUUUGUCGAGGACAGACCGUUGGUGGAUGCGUUGAUGGAGAAUGAAGAGAUCGCGAGCAAAGCGAGCAGGGAGGAGCUGGAGGAGCUCUGCGAUCCAAAGAACUACUUGGGUCAGAGUGGACAGUGGAUCGAUCGUGUCCUGUCCAAGUCAUUGUCACACGAACCUUAA